AAGGUUGCUUCGGAAAUGCAGAUCCCAUGGAGGUCCGCUAAGAGCAUAUACUGGCAGCUGGGCGAGCAAGAAAUAAGCGCCCGUGCUAACGCUCCCGUUUUCCAGCUCCACCCUUCCGCUACUAGUAUACCUUCGCCUCCUAGCGGCCGUCCUGUAAUGCUGUAUAGCACGCCGGCAAACAUCCUGCAAAUGCAAAGCCUAGAACCUAGGCAAUAUUAUUAUCCGCACCUACUAUACUAUUAA